AUGCGGUUGCAUCUAUUUCAAAUUCUCCGAAGAAAAUCUGUGCGUUAUUCCAUCUCUAAUCUGUGCAUCGGGGCUUGCAUCAUGAACAUCAAAACAGUCGGUAAUUAUUCUUCAUUGACAUGCACAAAGUUGACUCUGUUCACCAUCUUAGCAGUCCUAAUCCAAAUCACUGGCCUUUCUCUUUUCAUUACGGGAUUCUUCCCUGUCAAGCCAACUCUCUCAGGCAUCAGUGGGCUGGAGAGUUUUUAUCCACCGGGUUCUGAUCCAACUGACUUGUCUCAAAAUGUUUCAACGUUACCACCUGACAAGCUCAAGUCUUUGUACCAGGAAGUUUCUGGAGUCCCUCCUGUAUUCGAUCGAUUAGUUCUAAUGGUUAUUGAUGGUCUUCCAGCAGAAUUUGUGCUUGGAAGAGAUGGUAUGCCUCCAAGUAAGGAGUUUGUGGAAGCUAUGCCAUAUACUCAGUCAUUACUGGCUAAGGGAUUGGCAACUGGCUACCAUGCUAAGGCAGCACCUCCAACUGUUACUAUGCCCCGCCUAAAGGCCAUGCUUUCUGGAGCUGUCGGGGGAUUCUUGGACGUUGCUUUUAAUUUCAACACACAAGCGUUUUUGGACGAUAACCUCAUUGGGCAAUUUUUUAGAUUUGGCUGGAAAAUGGUGAUGCUCGGUGAUGAAACAUGGCUUAAAUUGUUCCCAAGAAUGUUCACAAGAUAUGAUGGAGUUAGCAGUUUCUUCGUAAAAGAUACCAUUCAAGUGGAUUACAACGUAUCUCGACAUCUGGCUGACGAGCUUAAAAGUACCGACUGGGAUCUUCUGAUUCUUCAUUAUCUUGGGUUGGAUCACGUUGGACAUAUUGGUGGACGCAAUUGUAUCUUGAUGACCCCCAAACUUAUAGAGAUGGAUGAAGUGAUUAAAAUGAUUCAUUCUAGCGCUAUACAAACCCAAGAAGCUGAACAAAGAGGGACACUUUUGCUGGUUGUAAGUGAUCAUGGCAUGACUGAAAGUGGUAAUCAUGGUGGUUCUUCAUACGAGGAAACAGAUUCGCUGGCACUAUUUAUCAGUCCAGGAACAUUUGGUUAUACAUCAGAAACUAACAUCAAAGCUUUCCAGGUUGACAUUGCAGCAACGCUAGCUCUUCUUUUUGGUGUACCAAUUCCAAAAAACAAUAUUGGCACGCUAAUGGCAGAUGUCUUCACAUCUCUAACAGAUGAACAACAAUUAAGAAUUUUAGAGUUGAAUUCUUGGCAAUUGCUCAGAUUACUUCAAGCACAAUUUCCAGAGGUAGAAUGCGGAAGAUUCUCAUGUGAGUCUGGAAGUGGUGGACAUGAUGGUGCAGAGAUGUUUUGUUGCUUAUACUUAGAUGCUGCUGCACUUUUUGAAUCUUGGAAAUCUAAAAAUUCUUCCAGAUCUGUUGAUGGAGAUGACUACAGGAACAUUGUUUUAGCGUAUCGAAAUUUCCUUAACAGUGCAAGCAAGUGGUUAUCAGGUAGAGCAACUGAUAAACCUAUUGGUCUACUUGCUUCGGGAAUAGCAGCCAUGCUUCUAUCUUGUUCGAUGCUAGUGUGCCUUCUUUUUGUCUAUGGGCGAGAUGCCCCCUUUGAGGGAAGACAACACCUUUCUCAUAUAGAUAACAUGCAAAAAUGGCAUUUGGACGAGAUAUUUUCUCUGGCUGUAAUUUUUAUUCUCAUCUCAAGUAUGGGAUCAAGUUCUAUGGUAGAGGAAGAGCAAUACAUAUGGCAUUUUAUGACAAUGUCCUUAUAUUUGUUAUUCUUCAGAAAAACACUGCAAUUCAGCACUCCAGGGAGAUUGCUUCAUGCUCAGAAUGUAAACCGUAAACAAAAGAGAAGUUGCAGUCGAAUUUAUUCUAUUGUUGCAGUUCUUAUAUCUGGAAGAAUUCUGAAAGGUUGGCAUCAAGGGGGUGUCAACUGGGCUCAUCUACCUGACAUUUCAAAAUUGCUUGAGCAGGCAGGCAGUGCUCCUAUCAAGUCAUUGCAGCUGAUAUCUGUUCUCCUUGUAAUCAGCAUAAGUUUAACUGCCAUUCUUUGGCCAUUUUGGAAAUCACGCUUUGUCAUGUUAUUCACCGUAAGUUUUUUAUUUCCGGGGUGGUUGGUUCUGCUAUAUAUCCUGAAUUAUCAAGAUAGCAUUGUCACUUCUGCCAGUAGUGAUGCUAUUGCUACCACAUUGGCUCAAAGUAUUUAUGCACUUCUCAGCAUCUUUACAGUGGUAAUCCUUUUUGCCAUCCCGUGGUUUAUGCCCCUCAAGAAUUCUAAAACCUUCAGGUUAUUUUGCUUAUCCAGUGACAUUUAUCCUCAAACUCAGAGAGAACCUUUGUUCUGGGGUUUCAGAGAUUCUAUAUAUGCAAUUGGUUGGUGUUGUGUAUUUUCUUGGUGUCUUCUACAACUGUUGCUACAACAGCCCAUAAAUUCAAUGCCCGUGUUAUUACUUCUUGUUCAAUUCCUGGCUAGCAUUUGGUAUUUUUCUGAUGGUGACCCACAUACCAGGCAAUGGGUUGAGGUUGCUGCACUCUAUUAUGUGGGAAUGGCGGGCCAUUUUGGUCUUGGCAACACCAAUACUCUUGCUACAAUUGAUGUUGCAGGGGCUUAUAUUGGUGUCUCAAGCCACUCAACUUUUAUAUCCGGCAUUUUGAUGUUCAUUAUCACCUAUGCAUCCCCAAUGUUAGCUCUUCUCAGCAUGUUGAUAUAUGUUUCUGUGAAGGAUAUGAGCGCAAUCGUGGAUACCCAGGAUGAUGUGAACUUCGGACAUUUGCUCAAGACGUGUGUUGGCUAUCCUUGUCUUGUCCCCCUUGGCUUGAAUUCCAUUUUCCUUGUUGCAUACACCAUCAUAUUGCUACUAAUGAGGAACCAUUUAUUUGUUUGGAGCGUCUUUUCUCCGAAGUAUCUAUAUGUUUGUGCUACAACGACUUGCAUUUAUAUUGGCACAUCAUUUGUGGCUUUAGCUAUGACAUAUACUUGCAUGGUACUUGUUACUCGGAGGAGCGAAUAA